GGGUGGUGGGAAGGACAGAAGGAGGGAGAGAGAAAAGGGAAGGAUGUGAAGGCCAAAGGAAGGGAGAGGGGAAAGAAGGGAAGGAUGGGAAGGAGAAGGAGGGAGAGAGGGAAAAGAAGGAGGAAUGGGAAGGACAGAGGGAGAGGAAAAGAUGGGAAGAGGGAAACGGGAAGGAUGAGAAGGACCGAGGGAGGGAGAGGGAAAAGGAAAAGGAAAAACAGGGAAGGGAGAGGAAAAGAAGGACGAGGGACGGGGAAACGACGGGAAGAGGAGAGAAAAGUGAGGAGGGAGAGGGAGAGAAGGGAGUGGGAAGGAAGGACAAGAGAAGGGACGAAGGAGGAAGAGAGUUUGGAAAAGAAGGGAGGGGAGGAAAAAUGAGGGGAGGGGGCGUUUCUCCCCAAGUCCGGGAAGCGGGGUGAGGGACGACGCUCCCUUUCCAGGCUUCGGGGGUCAAUGGGACAUUCGGCUUCGGAAGACGAAUCUAGACGAUUAAUCAGCAUGAAUCGAUCACCUCAAGGAGCGUGACGUCACAGCCAAGAUUCGUGACAUCACAAUGGCCGGUCCACUUCCCAAAGGAAUCUGCGAGCUUUCCCCCAUCUCCGCCUCCGCCUCUCAGGGUGUUGGACUUAUUUACAUAUUGAUAAAGGCAAAGGCCCGCAGCGUCAGGCGGGGCGUGGUGGCGUCAUCACGCCCCUCAUUGACGGAGUAGCGCAUGCGCACAGGUUUCCACCCCGCCCACGGUCAACCGGCUACGACGCGCGCGUGCACCGAGGGCUCGCGCCCCGGUGUCACCCGGCCUGGCCGUGACGCACGUGCGGCCGCCAAGAUGGUGGUGGGCGCGUUCCCCAUGGCGAAGCUGCUGUACCUGGGCGUGCGGCAGCUCAGCAAGCCGCUGGCCCAAAGGAUUAAGGAGGGGGCGCGCCGGAGCCAAUUCUUUCGGAACUACGUCUGCCUGCCACCCGCCCAGCUGUACCACUGGGUGGAGAUGCGGACAAAGAUGCGGAUCCUGGGCUUCCGGGGAAGCACCAUCAAGCCCCUCAACGAGGAGGCUGCGGCGGACCUGGGGGCUGAGCUGCUGGGGGAGGCCACCAUCUUCCUGGUGGGCGGCGGCUGCCUGGUCAUGGAGUACGUGCGCCACUCCUCCCAGAACAAGCGCAAGGAGGAGGAGCAGCAGCUGGUGAUGGAGUCCUUUCAGCACGAGCUCAACUUUCUCACCCUGAGCAUAGAAACCCUGCAGACUCAGCAGGCCGAGAUCUCCCAGAACCUGGAGACCAUAAAGGGGCUAGAGACCCAGAUCAAAGAGCUCAGGGAACUCCUGGAGAAAAAGAAAUAGAGGCUCCUCCGGUUCCGGGGGGGCCGCGGCCCUCUCCCCCCCGCGCACCGGCCCUGCGGGGAAGCCUUCUCGGGCCCCCUCCAAGGGGAUUGUUGCCAACACGGUCCCUCCCACCCUCGGCCCCAACCACUUGUUGGGGCAUUCGCGGCCCGUGUGAGGUUUCCCCUCUCCCCACCGGCCUCCUUCUUUGAGCAUCGGCCAGACUUUCCACCUCAUGUUCCUCUGUCACGUCCUGGGAGUAAAAAAUUGGCCAGUGCGCUGCUCUCCUGUGGUCCUAUCCAGCUCCCCCGCACCCCUGCCCCCGUUGGCGUCUUCUCCCAGCUCCCCGGGCCCAUGGGCGGCUCCCGCCUGCCUUCCCUCUCCCGGUGCAUCACGUCCAGCAAUCUCGGCUCCCACAAGGGGGGAAUCUCCCCUCUGGAUCUCAUCCUCCCCCCUUGGAGCCUCGGGGCCUUUCAGGGCCCGCCCGUUGUUUCUACCCCCGCCUUCUUUGGCCCAUGGAGAUGUCUCUUGGGGGCGUCUCCGUGGAGAUCUCGCCCCACACCGCUCCUGACCAGCCCUCCUUGGAUUAUCUCCAUUCUUGGCUUGGAUGAGGGGGGUCUCAUGUCCUUUUUUCUUGGACUGGGUCUGAGAAUCCCUCAGCCCAGCCUCCUGUUGCCCCGAACCUGCUCCCAUGGAUCCCACCACAUUUCAUCCUUCUCUCCCGGGACAGGGACAGGAGUGACCUCACUGGCCAAAAUCCCAGGGGAAAAGCCUGCCUCUGCUCUGUCCCCCUCCCGGGGACACAAGAGCCCUGGAUUUUGCACAGGGCUCCUCUGCCUUCCCACCCACCGCCCCCCUGGAAGAAGCUGGGGUUUGGGGCAGAUCUCUGGGCCGGGUCUAUUUUUUACCACUGUAAAUACUUCACAAUUAAAGCGGGGGCCGGCCUUACCGGGUCAGUA